CAGCUAGUGGAGGUGGGUGAAAACCUACGACUGCUGAGGGAGAGAGCGGCAGUUUGGCUGCCCCGCCUGGGAACCGCCCCCCGACUCACCACCUGCCACCAUCCCGGUCUUCAGAAAGACAGCAAAGGCUCCAGCCUCGGCCGCACAGCUAAAGACUACUCCUCCGAAGCGCAAGACUGAGCUUAAAGUGGCUUUGGCCGCUCAGCUCCCCAGCUCUGGGGAACUGCCUGGGCAAAGCACCCAGGGAGACAGCAGUUUUUUCCCACCCGCAUCCUGCUUCUAAUUGGCUCUGACCCAGAUGGCAACGAGUACUAGCCAAUCAUAGGCAGGGCAGGGCAAUCUCUUUUCUGGUUAGGAAAACGUCAGUGAGUGAGUGAUUUAAAGUUUAAAUGAAUGCACGCGAGUUGUGACUGAUGGUGACUGACUGGAAUGUAGGAAUGUUUUUUUGGAAGAACAAAUGCCCGGGACAAAGUGGGCGAAAUACGGCAAGAGAUAUAACAAAGACUGGGAGAAAGAGAAAGGAGUAAAAGAAUGGAUUCAACCCGUCGCGGGGGAUGACUCAAAAGCACUGUGCAGAGUAUGUAAGUGUGAAAUACGUGCACACCACGCGGACCUCGUACAACAUGCUAGCACAGACAAACAUAAAAAAAAUGCAGCACCGUUCUCCUCAAUGAGGCUUACGGACAUUGGGUUUGCGGUCUCCAAACAGAACGAAUCGAGACAGAGAGCUGAGCUGAAGGUAGCCACCUAUGUAGCUUGUCACACAUCCAUUAAAUCAGUCGAUCACCUUGGGGAGUUAAUGUGCUCAACUUGUGACAAAGACAUCAAAAUGCACCGGACAAAAUGCACGGCAUUAAUUAACCAUGCCAUUGCUCCGUGUAUGUUUAAAGACCUUCAGAGGGAUAUUGGAGGUGCUGAAUACUCCCUUGUUAUUGAUGAAAGCACAGACAUUUCAUCUGUCAAGCAACUCUGUGUGGUAAUCCGCUAUUUCAGUAUGACACUGAACAAAAUUGUGUCCACCUUUUUGGGUUUAAUAAACUUGGAGGGUGAAACAGCAGAGGCUAUUGCCUCCACUCUGACCCGUUUUCUACAGAGUAUUGAACUGGACAUCAAAAAGUGCAUUGGAUUAGGUACAGAUGGCUGCAGUGUCAUGGUAGGGAAGAGGAAUUCAGUGUACACUCACCUUCUCCAGAAAAACCCAAAUCUCCAGCUGCUCAAGUGCGUGUGCCAUUCCAUACAGCUGUGUGUAAGCAAGGCAGUGGAGACCCUCCCACGCAACCUUGAAUACUUAGUCUCUCAUUCUCACAACUGGUUUUCCCACAGUGCUCUUCGCCGCCGUGAGUAUGCAAAGAUCUACAGCCUCAUCAAUCCUGGUGAAAUCCCUUUGAUGCUUGUACAGAUGUCAGGGACACGGUGGCUUUCCAUCCAUGAUUGCUGUUCGCGCAUACUCAAUCAGUGGGAUGAACUGAAGCUUCACUUUCAGCUAACCAAAGACCACCAGAGAUGUUAUGAUGCUGAAAUCCUGCACCAGAUGUACAGUGAUCCUGUUAACAAACUGUACCUGCUGUUUUUAAUGCCUUUUCUACAAGAAUUCAACAGGAUCAACAAGCUGUUCCAGCAGGACACGGGCAAUCCAUUCAAAAUGUUGGAGUGUCUGCUUCAUUUCUUUCGCUGCCUCAUCUCCAGAGUGGUGAGACCUGGAAUGAUCCCCACAUCAGAUGAACAACUGCUUGCAAUUGACAUAACAGACCCCAGUGUUUUGUUACCCGUGGGUGCAGUCAAUUAUGGGGUCACCUUCAUGAUGGCAUUGGAUGAGGCAAGAAUGGAGAGCACGGCUGAGAGAAAUAUGAAGAGCAGGUGCCGUGACUUCUUGGUGGAAGCGGGCAGACAAGUGCAACAGAGACUCCCAGCUAACAUCCAGAUAUGGAAAUCUAUGACUGUGUUCAGUCCGACUAUCAUCCUGUCACAAACUAAACCACAGCUCAGCUCAGUCUCAAUGCUGAAGCUCUACUCUGGUGAUCUUGCAGCUCUUGAAACACAGUAUCAGGCUGUUUCAUAUCUCCCAUGGACAAACAAGGAGGACAGCCAGGCAGAGGCCUUUUGGGUUGAAGUGCUCAAUUACAAAGACAGCAGUGGAGACCACACUUUUAAAAAAACUUGCCCUCUUUUUCUCUGUCAUUGUUUGCAAUGCCUUUGAGCAAUGCUGACGUAGAACGAGUGUUCUCACAGAUGAGCCUGGUCAAGUCCAAACUGAGGAACAGAAUGGGACAAGAAACUCUCAGCAGCAUACUCCACAUAAAAUACGGACUGAGAAGACAAGGCUUGUGCUGCAAGGACUUUGCCCCAAGCCAAGAGAUGUUCCAGCGCUUCAAUAGUCGCAUGUACUCUGUGAGUGGAGCAUCAGAGAGCAGGGAGAUGGAUGCAUAUGAAGACAGUGAAGAUGAAUUUUAAUUAAGCACAAGCUCUGGCCUCUACACAUGAAGGAAACAGCAGUGGAGGUAUGAAGAUACUAGAGGUCGACCGAUGUAUCGGUUUUGCCGAUUAAUCGG